GGUGGGAGGGUUCAGUUGACUUUUUCCUUAAAUCGCGCGCGGAAGCUGUGUUCCCUGAAUUUCGUUUUCGCUUCAUCGGUAUGAAGUUUGCCGUAUUGGUUGCGGUUGCAGUUGCAGCAUUGCUGCAGCUGACUGUUCAAGGAGCAGAAAAUCCCUGUGCAAAUGGUCCUCCCGUGCAAAAGAAUCCUAUGGAAUGCUGCAACACGCCCAUGCUCAUGGAUAAGGAUGUCAUGAUGGAUUGCUACCAAAAGUACGGCGAUCAAACCAAGAAGCAGAUGAAGCUGGAAGGCGUCCCUCGUGGUUGUUGCAUUGCAGAAUGUGGCCUGAAUGCCACCGGUCUCUACUCGAACGGUAUGAUCAAACGGGACGACAUGACCAAGAUGUUCAUGGAUUCGGUCAAGGAUAUGCCCGAGUGGCAGAUGCUCGUCCGCGAUACGUUGGACGAGUGCUUCAAAAUGGCCGAGUCCAAGAUGGACGAAAUCGAAGCCGGUGCCAUGUUGGAGCCGAGCUUCGAAGGGGAGAAGAUUUGUCAUCCCAUUUCGGGGACCAUUCUGCGCUGCAUGGGAAUGAACUUGUUUGUUAAGUGCCCGGCUGGAGUGUACAACGAGAGCGACGACUGCAAUCAGUUGAAGGAGUACUCCAAGAUGUGUCCAAUUAUGUAAAUUAGAAGAAAAAAGUUCCUGAAGCAAGAUGAUGUAGAUAGAUGUAGUACAAAUAGUUUGCUGUCGUUGUACAGUAGUGCAAUAAAAGUAUUGAAGCUGCUGCAAAA